UUUUAGUUGCGUUUUCGUUGGCCAAGCGAACGGAUCGAGACAAAGCGACGGAUUCGGAUUCGGAAUUGGAAAUCGCUUGCGCAAACGUGCCAGCUCUGAGCUGCCUAUAAAGCACCGCAUUAGGCGACGACAACGCAAACAACAGCAACAACAACAACAACAACAACAACAACAACAACAACAACAACAACAACAACAACCAGAGGAACAACAAUGCACCUUUACGUGGCAUUGUGGGUGUGUGGCACGCUGCUGGCCCUGCUGCUGGGCUGGCAGCAGCGGAAAUGUUGGCGCCUCAUCUGGCAGCUGAAUGGGUGGCGGGGCGUGGCACAGCAGCCAUUGCUCUGGUUUCUGCUCUGCAUCAAUUUGCAUCCGAACAGCAUUUUGGACAAGGUGACGCGUCUGCGCGUACUCUUUCAGCGCCCGUUGGCCAUAUUGAUUGGCACGCGCGCCCUGCUCUAUAUCGAUGAUCCGGCGGGCAUGGAAUGUAUAUUGAAUGCGCCCGAGUGUCUGGACAAGACCUUUAUGCAGGAGGGCUUCUUUGCCCGCCGCGGUCUGCUGCAUGCGCGCGGUCAAAAGUGGAAAUUGCGUCGCAAGCAGCUGAAUCCCGCCUUCAAUCACAACAUUGUCAUUAGCUUUUUCGAUGUCUUCAAUAUGGUGGGCAAUCAGCUGGUGGAACAGUUUGCCACACAGUCGCAUCUGCAUGGCACGGCGGUUAAGUUCAAGGAUGCCGAGGAUAUGCUCAGCCGCGCCGUCCUGGAGGUAUCCUGCCUCACCAUUAUGGGAACACCGACAAAUUUCACGCAAGCGGAUGACGCACACAUCGCAACCACCUACAAGCGGCUACUCGAAAUCUCGGCUAUUAAAAUUGUGAAGCCCUGGCUGCAAAUUGAUUUAUUGCAUCGCCUAUUGGCGCCUCAAUUGUACGCCGAGGCCGAGGCAUGCAACCAGCUGCUGGUGGAUUUUGUGGCACAAAUCGUGCAGCGCAAACAUCGCAAUUGGCAACUACGCAAUGCCAUCGACGAUGAGGAGGAUGUGCCCUGGCAACGACGCAUCUUCAUCGAGCAAAUGUUCCAGCUGGCGGCCAAUGGCGAACUAACGCUUCAGGACAUCGAGGAUGAGGCACAGUCCAUGGUUUUGGUGUCCUUUGAGACGGUCUCGAACAGCAUAAUGAUUGCUCUGCUGUGCCUGGCUACCCACAAGGGCGACUGUCAGCGGCGACUGCGGGCGGAAAUUACGAGCGUGCUGCCGCACGGCAACGAUGCCAGCUAUGUGGGCGUCGAGCAGCUGCAGCAGCUGCGCUAUUUGGAUGCAUUCGUGAACGAGGCGCUGCGUCUGCUGGCGACGGUGCCGAUGAAUUUGCGGCAUGUGAGCCGCGACUUUCAGCUGGCUGGGCACGAGGCGAUUGUGCCCCAGAACACGAUAGUUGUGAUGGACACGUUCAACAUGCAACGCGAUGCGGCCUGGUGGGGCGACAGGGCCAAGCAAUUCGAUCCGCAGCGUUUCCUGCAGCAGCAGCAACAGCAGCUCGAUCACGACCAGGAGCCGGAACAGGAAAAGCAUCAGGACGAACAGCAGCAGUCCGGCGCGGAACGGGCGAAGCAGCGUCGACACUCGUACAGUUUUUUGCCCUUCUCGAAGGGGCUGCGCACUUGCAUAGGUCGUCGCUACAGCUUCUUUAUUAUGAAGGUCUUUCUGGUCAAGCUGUUAGCCAACUUUGAGUUUGGCAGCGAUCAUCAACUCGAGCAGCUGCAGUUCGUCGAGGGCAUCUCGCUCAAGUUUCGCAACGCCGACGAGAUACUCUUUCAAAUACAGCCACAUAAGAGUUCAUAAUAUUAAUGCGCCUAUUAAACCCUGGCGGAGUUUACCACAUUCAGCAAAGCUGAUAAAGUUAUAUUUAAUAUUGUCUGCGCGUGUUGACAAAAUGUCCGUCUGUCUUUCAAGCUAGUUCCAAGGCUCAGAUAUCUUCAUAAACUCUGUUAAGGCAAUUUAUUUAGUGUCUCAAAUUUUAAACUAGAUGAAUAACUUAACUUUUUAUGUUCAAUCACUGACAAUGGAAUUUUAUUUGUAGGAAAAGCUGUUUUGCUUGUAAUUCGAUUCUAAGAUUAAUUCUCUUGGCAAUAUUUAAUGGUCCCCAAUGCUUAAAAACUAAUUCGUUUGAACAAAUGGGAAACCUUUAAUAUCGGAACUCUUGGGAUAUCUAAACAAAUUGCUCUGAUGAGCUUUGCGUUUCCAUCAAAAUUAUUUUUGGUUCCAACAACCUUUUUUUUUAUUUACUGAUUGACAGAAAGUUGAAAAUAGUAGGGAAUACUAUAUCGUUCACAUUUCAUACGAUUUGUUUGGUAUAAUAAAUAUAUAAGUCUCCGCCAGCGUAUUAAAAUUUCGGCAUGCCGAAGUUAAUUCUUCUCCGGUGUUUUUUUUUUCCUUUUUUUUUUGCUGUAAUUUUCGUUAAACCUAAAUAGACUAGUACAUAAUAUUUAAA